AUGGGGACACAGCGGUGCCAAGAGGAUGCGGGGGCGCGGAGGAUGCCACCGCCACCCUUCCCCUGCGCUGUUCCGGGCAGCAAGGAGCGYUUCCACUGGCAGAGCCACAAUGUCAAGCAGAGCGGCGUGGACGACAUGGUGCUGCUGGCCAAGAUCUCCGAGGAUGCCAUCGUGGAAAACCUCAAGAAGCGCUUCAUGGAUGAUUUCAUCUUCGUAUCCUCCCCCGGGCACCGGGACGGGAUUCAGGACGGGCACAGGGCUUUGUCAGGACUGUCCCCUGCAGGGACAGGAUUGGGGCUGACCGACAACAUGUACCGGAACAUGCUGAUCGACGGCGAGAACCAGUGCGUCAUCAUCAGCGGAGAAAGCGGCGCCGGGAAAACGGUGGCGGCCAAAUACAUCAUGGGSUACAUCUCCAAAGUGUCCGGGGGCGGAGAGAAGGUCCAGCAYGUGAAGGACAUCAUCCUGCAGUCCAACCCGCUGCUGGAGGCCUUUGGGAACGCCAAAACUGUCCGGAACAACAACUCCAGCCGCUUCGGAAAAUACUUCGAGAUCCAGUUCAGCCGGGGCGGAGAACCCGACGGGGGCAAGAUCUCCAACUUCCUGCUGGAGAAAUCGCGCGUGGUGAGCCAGAACGAGUGCGAGAGGAAUUUCCACAUCUACUACCAGCUCCUCGCAGGGGCGUCCCAAGAGCAGCGGCAGAAUUUGGGCAUCAUGAGCCCCGAUUAUUACUUCUACCUGAACCAGACCGACACCUACCAGGUGGAGGGCACCGACGACCGCAGCGACUUCCAUGAGACCAUGAACGCCAUGCAGGUGAUCGGAAUCCGUGGCGAGGACCAGCAGCUGGUGCUGCAGAUCGUGGCGGGCAUCCUGCACCUGGGAAACAUCGGCUUCCGUGAGGAGGGGAACUACGCCCGCGUGGAGAACCCCGACUCCCUGGCCUUCCCCGCCUACCUGCUGGGGGUGGACCAGGAGCGCCUCAACGAGAAGGUGACCAGCAGGAAGAUGGACAGCAAGUGGGGCGGCCGCUCCGAGUCCAUCACCGUCACCCUCAACGUGGAGCAGGCGGCCUACACCCGCGACGCCCUGGCCAAGGGGCUCUACGCCCGCGUCUUUGACUUCCUUGUGGAGGCCAUCAACCGGGCGAUGCAGAAGCCGUACGAGGAGUACAGCGUUGGGGUGCUGGACAUCUACGGCUUCGAGAUCUUCCAGAAAAACGGCUUUGAGCAGUUCUGCAUCAAUUUUGUGAACGAGAAGCUGCAGCAGAUCUUCAUCGAGCUGACCCUGAAGGCGGAGCAGGAGGAAUACGUGCAGGAGGGCAUCAAGUGGACACAGAUCCAGUACUUCAACAACAAGGUGGUGUGCGACCUGAUCGAGAACAAGCUGGUGAGUGGGGUCCCCGAGGCUUUUGUGUCCUACGACGUGAACGGAUUCUGCGAGCGCAACCGGGACGUGCUGUUCACGGACCUGAUCGAGCUCAUGCAGAGCAGUGAGCAGUGA